UUAGCAUGAGAUGUGUAAACAUAUUAUAUGUGCGUAUACAUGAUAGAAUAAUGAUAAACAGUUGGCCAUCAGGGCACAACUCCAACAUUUAUCAUCAAAAACUUUGUGUUGUUUGGAACUCUCUCUUUUUACACUUUUUAUUUUAUCUCUAAAACUAAAAAGACCAAAAAAUAUUUUACAACUUCUUUUGUAAAUUUUUGUUAAAAUUAAAUUAACUCAUGUCUUCCUGAGGCCUAAAUGAAAACUCACGGAUAUUGUUGGAUACCUCGGCGAGUGGAUCAUUCAUGAGCCUUGAACUUGACGAAGCUGAAGAACUCAUUCAGCGGAUCUCAACAAACGGAUCUACCUGGUACUCUGACCGUCUAUCCGCUCAACCGAAAAUUGGAGGCAUGUACGAAGUUGAUCAAAUGUCGGCCAUGACUGCUAAGGUCGACAACAUGAUGAGCAUGAUCCAAAAGAUUGCUCAAGUCUCUGCUGUGCAAAACACUACGCCAGCACCACCUCAUGUUCCUUUUCUCAUGUGUAGCAAUCCAAAUGGAGCUGCCAAUCCACAAGCUUAUCGUAGUCCACCACCCGGCUUUCAAAAUCAACAGCAACAACAAUUUAGAGGUGGCCAAGGUUUUGCUAACAAUCAUCAGUUUAAGCAAAACCAAAGCUUCCCCUAUGUUUCCAAUCAACAAAAGUCGAUCCUGCCAACUCCUGAAACAACAUCAGCUCCCGGCUUGGAUAGCAUUGUUGAUAAGCUACUCAAAUCUCAACUAGCCCAAGCCGAAACCUUGAAGAAGAUUCUUGAAGAGCUUACUCAACUUCGAGCUCACAAUAGGAUGCUUGAAAAUCAAAUCUCUAGUCAAGCAUCAACAUCAUCAACAAAUGUGACUGGAAAAUUGCCAGCUUGUCCCGAGAAUCCAAGAGAGCAAAUGAAUGCUAUCACUACUCGGAGUGGGAAACAAAUUCAAUCUCCAUCUCUUCCGAGUAGUGAUCCUGAAGAAGAAAGAAGAGAGGAUGUCAAAGAAGAAGCUCAGAACAAAGUCAAAGGAGAUGCUGCUGAAAUGUUGCCGGAGUCAAUCCAGAUCAAAGAAGGAAAGAAAAAAGAAGAAGAAGGUUUGGUAAGGAAAUAUGCUCCACCAAUUCCUUUUCCAAACCGACUCAAGAAAUCUGUAUAACUCCUUGCUUCUUGUUUCAAGAACUUGGCAUAGUUCGUUAACCUAUAGAGAUAAGGAAAUGAACUACGGUAUGGCUU